UUGCAUUCUUCUGAAUCGCCGUGGACGAUAAAGCAGAAUUCGGAGUGACGGCCAUUCCACACCUUCCUCUGGCACCGGCCGCCUCCCCGCGGGCAGAAGCCCAGGUGCCGAGGCGGGACUUGGCACUGAUCGUCUGCCGCUGCCAAGGCUGGGCUGGGCGGCCGUGUGUGAGGCGGCCAUCGGCUCCGGGCGUCGAGUGGAGCGGCGGCGGGAAGGAGGGAGGAACCGUUGGGCGGGGGGACACCCCCCCCUUCCCACCCCCAGGCUCGCUCCCGGGGGAAGAGGCGGGAGAGCCGCGGGCGACCAAUCAGCGCUCGGCUGGCUGGCGGUUCGCUUGCAGCGCGCGGCUCCCAGGCGCGCGGCCCCGCCGCCGCUCCCCCGCGGGCCGGCAUGAGGCGGCCGACCUCUGCCCGGCUGCUCGUCGUCGCAGUCGCCCUUGUCGUCUUCGCCCUCCUGCUGCGCGGCUCUGCGGCUCAGGGGAUGCACAUAGCCCAAAUGAGUUUUUCCGGUGAGGGUUCAGAGUUCUCAAUGGCUGUCCUGAGGUUUGCUUAUAAUGGCGAAGAGCUCAUUCACUUUAAUUAUACCACAACCAAGUUUGUGGCCACCAACCCCCUUGCAGAACCUUACGCUGAUGAGCUGAAUCACAAUAAAAGAGUUCUCAAAAACGUUGCCCGCUAUAUUCAUUACAUGCCUUUUAUCUUGGAGGUCGUUGAACAGGCCAUUCAAUCUCUGACUGUGAAGCCUUCCAUCACAAUAAUCCCAAGGCACCUGAAGGAGGAAGAAAAUGUCUUGGCCCUGACUUGCAAAGUGGAUGGAUUUUAUCCAAGGGCCAUCGAUACAGCCUGGCUGCGGAAUGGUGAAGUGAUCGACCGGGGGGUGUUAAAGAGCAGCGUUUUACCAAACAAGGAUGGGACAUACCAAAUCAGGCUACAGGUCAACGUUGACCCCAGUGAGGGCAACACCUAUGCCUGUCGAGUCAAGCACUUAAGCGUUACUGGCAAUCUGAAUGAAGUUUGGGUUCCCAAGAAUAAAAACAUGCCAGUCUAUGGAUAUGUGGUUGGAGUAAUCGCUGGGAUAAUCGGUAUUCUGAUUGCUCUAUCCGGAGGAAUCAUCAAAUGGAAAGUGCACCAUGACCGUGGCUCACAAUCUGGGCCGAACCAGAGACAAGCCAUCGCACUUUCAGAUGCCCGUGCCAAUGUUACUUAUUCAGAAGUCCGCUCGCAGGGUGAGGCUGACCGUCUGUGUGAAGAAGUUGGACAGUUGCCGACCCUGACUCUGUAAGCGUGACAGGAUCUUAAAAAUGAACUGUCAAAUUCGGGACCUGCGAAUACUUGGAGAUCUAGUGGCCACCAUCUACAUCCUCAUUGGCCUGGGUGAAUUUGACUCCACCACACAAAUUCAAAUGCAGCUGUUUGCCUACUAAGGACCUUCAUGUGUUUAACUGAUGCGCUGGAGUCCAGCAUCAGCAUAGUCAAUGCCUGCAGAGAAGUUAUUGAGAGGUGCUGAAUCCAAGGUACAAUUAGUCAAAGUCCAAACACAAACUGGAGGAACAGCACCUCAUUUUCCGUCUUGGGACCUUAACAGCCUAAUGGCAUGAACAUCGAAUUCUCCCACUUUAAGUAAAGAAACCACCCCCCCCCCCCCCACCUUUCUUCUUUCCCCUUUCCUAGCCUCUUUUUUCCUUCUUGCCGUUUUUUUCUCUCCUUUUCCUCUCCUCCCCUCCCCCCAUGCAGUCUGCCUCCAUACCUUUGACCCAUCCCCAGUAGAUCUGCAAUCCCCUCCUCCGCCAUAUCUGCCUAUCACUAUCUCUUACCUGCAUCUACCUGUCACCACCUUGUGCCCACCCCUGCCUCCCCUCUUUUGUCCACCUAUCACUGCUCUGUUUCCCCCCCCCCCCUAUAUAUUGGGAUUUCCCUUUUCCUAUCUUCAGUCCUGAAGAAGGGUCCCGGCCCAAAACGUUGACCACCUGCUUUUCUCCUCGGAUGCUGCCUGGCCUGCUGAGUUUCUCCAGCAUCUUGUUUUUUCCAUCUGGAUUCUAGCAUCUGCAGUCCUCUGUUUCUCUACUUCUGACUGAAAUGUUUCUCUGGUCCCACCUGCUCGUACAAAUGAAGAAUUUUUAAAGAUUCAACAAGUCUGAACAGCUCAUUUUGUAAUCCAACAGCUAGAUGGUGCGGAUGCUAGAAAACUGAAAUAAAAUCAGAAGAUGCUAGAAAUACUCAGCAGGUUGAGCAGCAUCUCUCUAAGAGAGAGAAACAGAAAAUGCCUGAUCUAAGGUCAUUGACUGAACUAUUAGCUCUGUUAUUCUCCUCCCCACAGAUGCUGUCUGACCUGCUGAGUGUUUCCAGCAUUUCCUGUUUUUAUUUCAGAUUGCUGUGCUUUAUUUUGGAGUGUAAUUCUGUCCCAGCUUUUGCACCUUAUGGUUAAAUAUCCCCUGUAAGUAUCGUUUUGAGUCCCACUUUUUGCUGGGACCUCUUAAAAGACAGGAGCCCGUGAUGUAUUGAAUCAUUCUGUGUGUCUUACACCUGUUGCAUUGCAGCAUUCCACUCUUAUCACUGUACAUUGAAACCACUAUAUAAAGCAAGUUUCUUAACCUCUC